UUUUAAAUUUGAAAAUGGCGCCAAAUCGGCAAUUUAGGGCAGGAUAAACCCUAGCUAUGAGGUUCGAGGAUCUGGCGCUCAGCGCCGAGACGCUGGCUGUGCUGCGCGGCAAUGGCUUCUACGAUCUCACGCCAGUUCAGGAGCGCAUUAUCCCGCAGCUCUGCCGCGGCCAAGACGCGCUCGUUUGCGCCGUCACGGGCUCCGGUAAGACGCUUGCGUUUGUCGUCCCCAUCGUUGAGAUCCUUCGCAAGCACUCGGCUUCCUUCCAUCCAGGACAGGUUGGAGCGAUUGUUGUGGCACCGACCAGAGAAUUGGCGUCUCAGAUCUUUGAUGUGUCGCGGCCCUUCUUUGCAGGCCUAAACGAGUUUGAUCCUGUGCUGCUUGUUGGUGGUGCCGACGUCUCUUUAGAUGUUUCCAGCAUCGAGAAUUGCCCCCGAGCAAAAGUUUUGGUUGGCACUCCUGGCCGCCUGCUGGACAUCAUGCAGCGGUGUUCUUCUCACUUGGAUUUUUCUUCCUUGAAGGUUUUGAUUCUGGAUGAAGCGGACCGGCUGCUUGAGAUGGGACACGAUCGUCGCGUCUCGGAAAUCAUCAGUCUGCUUCCUGGACAACGGAUAACCGGGCUUUUCUCUGCGACGGAAACAAAAGAACUUGCGGUGAAAGCUGGUGUCCGGCAGGAAUACAGCUUUCAAACGAAAAAACAGACUCCUUCGACACUCAGUGUACAGUAUCUCAUCAGCGAUGCUGAUGAAAAGUCCUCGCAGUUAGCACAAUUCCUUCUUGAACACAAGUCCAAGAAAACUAUUGUAUACUUUAUGACCUGCGCCUCCGUGGAUUACUGGGGAACCAUCCUUCAGAAGGUUGAUAUCAUGAAGAAUGUGUCGAUCGUGGUGCUACAUGGUAAAAUGAAACAGAAAUCCCGUGAAAAUGCCUUGCAAAGAUUCACCGACAUGCCAUCGGGUGUGCUCUUCUGCACUGAUGUCGCUGCUCGCGGACUCGAUAUACCUGGUGUCGACUGGAUUGUGCAGUAUGAUCCUCCUCAAGAUCCAAACACGUUUGUUCAUAGAGUCGGGCGUACUGCAAGAAUUGGACGCGUUGGCCAUUCUGUUGUGUUCCUUCUUCCAAAGGAGGAUACGUAUGUGGAGUUUCUGCGCAUAAGGAACGUUCCCGUCGAAGAGAGAAACAAGCCGGAGGCGAUGGAUAUCAUUCCAAUGUUGCGUGCAGCCGCUGAAAGUGAUCGAGAUGUAAUGGAGAAGGGACUGAAAGCAUUCGUAUCGUAUUUUCGAGCGUACAAGGAGCACCACUGUAACUACAUUUUCCAGUGGAAGAAACUGCAGCUUGGCAAGAUUGCCAUGGGCUUUGGUCUCUUGCAGCUACCUUCGAUGCCAGAGCUAAAGCGAGGCAUUUUCACGUCGCAACAUUUUGUCCCCGUCGAGGGGAUAGAUUUCAGUGCUAUCAAGUACCGUGACAAAUCGCGGGAGAAGCAGAGGCAAAGGGAGCUAAAAGCUGCUCCUCGCAAACGUUCCAAGCCCGAGAAAUGUUCCAAACAAGACAAGAAGAAGAUCGCAGCUGUGAAGAAGCUCCCCGGCAAGAAAAGAAGCUUGAGAGACAUGGAAGAGCUGAAUGAAGAUUACCGGCAGUGGAAGAAACAGCGACAAAAGUGAGCUAAGCUUUCCUUUUCUCAUUGUAUUCAAGCUUACUACGCUGUUGAGAGGGAGCGAGCUAUGUCUUGGGCAGCACGAAGCCCAGGCCUUUCCCCCAACCAAGCGCCGGACGGCAUGCGGUGACUCCUUUGCCCAGCCGGAUCUGGCCUUCUCUUCCGGUGCUCACGUCCAGGCAGUAGACCUCCUUCUCCGCA